UACAUCUUGCGCGGAGCCCCCAUGCAGCCCGCCACGUCGACCCGGCGGCCCUUCUUCUCGGGCCUCUUCCGCCAUGCUCGACGCCUCACUAGCGACGGAGGGAAGCUCUCACCCACGGGCCAGCGCCGGCGGGCCGGGUCAGACCCGCGGGCGGUCGUGCUGAGCACACUGCCAGCCGAGUUGUGGAUAAAGGUCUUCAAGCACAUCCCCAACUACCUCCUGCUAUCCGUCACCCUCACCUGCCGUGCGUUCCGUGCACUCGCCCAGCCGCUCCUUUUCGCAAGCAUCUCUACCCAUCCGGAGGAAAGGAAGCCGUCCCCCGGCGUUCUUCGUGUCGCCGGGCAGACUGCACGUUACCGCAAGCGCGUUAACGAGCGGACCGCUUUCUUCUUUUCGCCCCAGAUUUGCCACGCUGUGCGUGUCUGCCGCAUUUCCCUCCCGCUCCCAGAGGACGAAUGCGAUGGCGACGAUGUUGUCGACCACAUCUUUGCUAUGCUCCCCCAUUUGCCCAACCUCCGCGCGCUGGAGUGCCGCCACAUCCGACUGACGCCCCUGCGGCUGCACGUGCUCCGGGGACUGGAGCUGCCGACAAUGUCGUUUGACUUGUGCUUUGGGAACAUGGCCGACUUGGCCGGGAUGCCGUCUGUGCCUUUACGCGAAGUGACUUUCAAGUACUCCGACGCCUCGAUUGCGGGUCAGGCGAGCCCGUGCCCCGUUUUCCUCUCGCCCGAUCACCUCGAGACGCUUCAUGCCACAACGACACGUGUCCUCGACUCCCUCGCCAGCUCCCGUGUGCCCUUCACCCGUCUUCGCACGCUCGAGCUGCCCGGCGAGUGUCUUGCGUCACGCCACUUCAUUGCUGCGCUUGCUCGUUGCCCAGAAGUGGAGAACAUCGCGCUCCAUGCGACGGACUAUCUUCCCCAGGCCAACUUCACCCUUCCUGACGGCGUCCUGCCACACUUGCGCAGCUAUCGAGGACCCCACCACUUUGCCGCGGCCUUCCUUCGCCACCGCACGGCGGAGAAACUCGAGGUGUCGGUCCCGUGCCGGCCAGCCAGCCUGGAGUCGUCGCUGGCCAAGUUGUACGGGCAACAUGACAGCCUAAGCGGUGCCAGCAACACCUUGCGUUCCCUCUCGUUUCCGCUCACGAGCGCCGACAUCCCCGCCCCGCUGCUCGGGACAAUCCACGUUGCCUUCCCCAUGCUGUCCGCGCUCGCUAUCCCAGACCCGGCCCUGUCCUCCAGCGAAAUCAAGGCGCUGCUGAACGCCGUCCCCGCCCACUACGCCCUCACCGACCUCACGCUCCGCAUCCAGGGCCGCGACAAGUUCAACCUGUGGAUCCCCCCCGCCGAGGCCGCGGCCGACGCCGCUAGCUGCUUCGGCAAGGUGCGGCUGUCGCUGGUGAAGACAUACCCCAGCAUCCGGCACGUGCGCUUCUUGUAUGGCAGCGAGGGCGCCAGCCUGCACUGGGAGCGCAGCCAGACCAGCGGCUUGUUUGUCCAGGUCGGCCAGUGA